AGCCUUGGUGGAUGGACCAUUCUGGACGGAGCAGAAGCGGUUCGUAGUGCAGGCUCUUCGAAAAUUUGGCUUCGGGAGGAGAACAAUGUCUGACGUGAUGGAAAAAGAGGCGCUUCUGCUACUGACGAUUUUCCGCAAGGCCGUUGCCAAAGGGGGCGGUAGGUCAGCCGUUAUUCCGAUGAAGAACAUAUGCAUUGUCCCUGCGUUGAACGCAACUUGGUACAUCAUCGCUGGAAUCCGCCACGCUCCGGAGGACAAGGAGAUGAAGCACCUCCUAGAACUUCUUAAAGAGAUAGUGACUAGUUACAACGUCAUAGGAUCCAUCUUCAACCAGUUCCCCUUCCUCCGCUGGCUUGCCCCUGAGAAAUCUGGCUACAAGCGCUUCAUCGAUAUCCACCAUGAUUUUUGGAAAUUUUUUAGGGCCGAACUAGACAGACACAAGGCCACUUUCAAAGUUGGUGAACCACGAGACUUGAUCGACGUUUACUUAGAAGUGCUUUGCUCAGAAAAUUGUCCCGCCACUUUCUCAG